AUGAUGAUUAAAUUUUAUGAAGAACUGAUUUCCAGGGCCUCUCGGGAUAGAAUGCAAAUUGAGCGAAUUGGAAUAGGACAGUUACAUUGGUCCACUGCAAACUAUGCUCCACCACAAGAGUUAGCUCUUUGGGGUGGUUUAGUGGCAAUGUAUGAGAAGAUACAAUUUUCUCUGCUAAGCAUGGGAGAAGAUCAGAUGGAUGUUAAGAACAUUUGUGAUUCUCUUGGUAUCCGCUUGAUUUCUUAUCAUCCUCUAGGACUUGGAAUGCUUGGUGGGAAAUAUACACAUUCCAGACUUCCAAGUGGGCCUAGGACUGGAGCCCUUGCUGGUUUCCUUAAGAGAAAUCGCAGGAAAACGGGGCAAAACCAUACUUCAGAUACUUUUAAUGGUACCAUUCCAAUACCUGGAGUUAAAACAGUUAGACAAGCAGAGGGAAAUUUGGGUGCUCUCAGUUGGCGCCUAAGUUCAAAUGAGUUGGCUUCAGUUAGAUUAUGCAGAUCAGAAGUCUCCACAGAGGAUGAUCCAAAACAUUUUCCAGACAAGGUAAACAGUUAUAGAACUACAGCAGCCAAAGGAAUACCAUGGAGUAAUAUGAUACUUUUACUCGAGUGUCUGCAUUCUCAUCCAAUAACAGAUUGA